AAUAAGUGGUCUUUAUAGUUCUGGAGACAUCUGAAGAUAUUUGCUAAACUGAUCUUCCCAUUAGUUAGGCCACGACCUCUGUACCGGGUCGGCUCCCUCCGGUUUGGAGACAAAUUCAGACGGACUUAAAACCGAAUCAGAUCAGCUCGAAGACCGAAUCAUUAACGACCAUGUUAGUUACCUCAGGAUUCAUUAAGCUUAAGAAUUUGGUCACCGUCCUGAAGGCGACCUAUGUUUUCCGAUCCAAGUCCACCAAGUACCAGUUUUCUCCGCUCUCACCCAAAUCCAAUAAAUCCUCGAUCCUCCCCCAAAAAUUAGCCAUUUCCGUAAAACACCCACCUGCCGCACUUAUCCUUCUUCUUUCUGCAUUUACUUAACUUUCCUCACGGGCUCGAAAUCUGUAAUUUGAUCAAUUAAAUAUCCGGCUCAUUUCCCGAUUACAUCGGCUGAAAUCAACAUACCCUCUCAUGGCUUCAUCUCCAAUCGCCCUUCUUCUCAUUCUUUUCCUCUUCUUCUCCCGUCCAUCCUCCGCCACUCCAACCACCAAUAACUCAAGCGACCAUCAGCUAACCAUCUGCAAAUCCACUCCCUUCCCAAAACUCUGCCUUGACUCCCUCAAACUCUCCAUCUCCAUCUCCAUCAACCCCACCCUCCUCUCUAUCCUCCUCCACUCGCUCGAAUCCGCCGUCUCCGCUGUUUCAAACAUCUCACCACUUCUAAGCUCCCAUUCCAUCUUCGAAGCCCAGCGCGGCGCUCUUCAGGACUGCGGCGAGCUCCACUCUUCCACCCUCUCCUCCCUCCACCGCUCCUCCUCCCUUCUAAGCUCCUCCACCUCAGCCAAAGCUGUCGCCGAAGCUCAGGCUCAUCUAAGCGCUUCCUUAACCAACAAAGAAACCUGCCUUGAAGGUCUUGCCGGCGCGAGGGGCGCGCAGGUACCCGCGCUCGUCAAUGCAUUGACCAACUCGUACCGUUACGUCAGCAACUCCCUCUCCCUCGUAUCCAGUUCCAGCAACCAUGGGCGUCGAGGCCGGAAGCUGGAGGCAGAGCCUUCGCCGGGAUGGCUUAGAACUCAGGAAAAGCUGCUGUUGGAUAGCGGAGAUUACAGUGGGUAUGAUACGGCGUCGGUAUUAACGGUGGCGGCAGACGGAAGCGGGAACUUCAGCACGGUGGGGGAAGCUGUAGCGUUCGCACCCAAUAACAGCGCGGAUCUCACGAUUAUUGUGGUGAGAUCGGGGGUGUACAAUGAGAACGUAGAGAUUCCAAACUAUAAGACGAACAUAGCGUUAUUGGGGGAGGGCAGCGACGCGACGUUUAUUAAAGGCAACCGGAGCGUCGGCGAUGGAUGGACUACUUUUCGGUCGGCAACCGUCGCUGUCUCCGGACAAGGAUUCCUGGCCCGUGAUCUAACCUUCCAAAACACCGCCGGUCCGACGAAAGGCCAAGCCGUUGCCCUGCGCAUCAACGCCGACUUCUCCGCCGUUUAUCUCUGCACCAUCGACGGCUACCAAGACACCCUCUACGUCCACUCCUUCCGCCAAUUCUACCGCGAAACCCACGUCUUCGGCACCGUCGACUUCAUCUUCGGCAACGCCGCCGCCGUCUUCCAAGCCUGCAACCUCAUCGCCAAGAAGCCCAUGCCUGGCCAAUCUAACAUCGUCACCGCGCAGUCCCGCGACGAUCCCAACGAAAGCACCGGCAUCUCCAUACAAAACUGCUCCGUGCUGGCAUCAGAGGACCUCGCGUCGGAUAAAGGGGGGACGAAGACCUAUUUGGGGAGACCGUGGCGGCUGUAUUCGACGACGGUGUUUAUUGAAUCUUUUAUUGAUGGACACGUGGAUCCGGCGGGGUGGACGAAGUGGUCGCAGGAGCGGGGGGAGGAGGGAUUGGAUACGUUGUAUUACGGGGAGUACAUGAAUUUUGGGCCGGGAGCGGCGACGGAGAACAGAGUUGCGUGGCCAGGGUUUCACUUGAUGGAGUAUGAUGACGCGUAUAAUUUUACGGUUUCGGAAUUUAUAUACGGAGAUAUGUGGCUGGAUUUCGACUCCGUUCCGUAUGAUGAUGGUAUUUGAAUCUGAGGUUGGGAAGCGUUAAUGGAAGGCUACAGGAAUGUGUUUUUUUUGUCCGGGCAGAUGAGCGUUCGAUUCAGUAUUUUUAAGAUUCUUCAAUUUAUUUUUAAGUGCAUGUAUUGGAGUACAGGAUUACAAAAAUGUUCAUUUAGUGCUUCGCUAAAGGGAUCAGAGCUUUUUGGCUCCGCAGUUGCAGGUGCUCUUAAAGGGCUAACUAUUUU